CAUUAAGGAUAACACACUAGAUAGUGGUUUAAUGGUCAAGAGGUGUAAAGAUCAGUCUUGGUCAGCUGGAACUUUAUCAUCAUCUGCUGCAGGUAUUGGAGAUCAGUUGAACACCAUUGUAUUGACAAAUUCAUGGUCUGUUAAUCCAUAAAAUGACAAGGUGUAUUUCUAGAGGAUUUAUUUAGAGAUGGCUUAAAGUGACAAACUUUAAAGAAUGUACCAACAAUUUGAACAAUUUGUAUGAAGAAACGUGAAUAUGAAAGUUUGCACUGUGAAGGAAAUUGUAAUUAUGACGAAAUUUCGGAUCUUGUAUCAGGAGAAAAUAUCAUAGUAUCGUAACCAAAAUACAAUGCAUCAGAAAAAGACAAUCGUACCUCUUUGUAUUGGGAUAUUUGGAUUUUUGCUAUUUGUGGUCAGUAGCUUAAUUUACUGCCAGACAUUCAAACCUAGCAACUUCCAUGAAGCAUUCGAUAGACAUAUUAGGUUCAAGAGAGAAGUGAGUAAUGCAAAUUCCACUGAAAUCCUUGAUUUAAAGAAUGUACACAUCAGCAAUGUUCAGCAAAAUUUUUCUGGAAAUUAUACAAGUGAUAAGAAUAACUUUUCCACAACUGUUAGUAAAAAUGAAGACAUUUUGAAUGUAAAAUCUUUAAAUGAACCUAUUAGUGAACCUGAAACAACACCUGAAUUAUCAGCACAACCUGUAAAUACCAGUGAAACAGUGUGGUCUACAAAUAGUACAUCUGAACCUAAUUCUGAACCAGAAACUACAUCUGAAUCUAAGUCAGAACCAGAAACUACAUCUGAACCUAAGUCAGAACCAGAAACGACAUCUGAACCUAAAUCAGAACCAGAAACUACAUCUGAGCCUAAGUCAGAACCAGAAACUACAUCUGAACCUAAGUCAGAACCAGAAACUACAUCUGAACCAAAAUCAGAACCAGAAACUACAUCUGAACCUAAAUCAGAACCAGAAACUACAUCUGAACCUAGGUCAGAACCAGAAACUACAUCUGAACCUAAGUCAGAACCAGAAACUACAUCUGAACCUAAGUCAGAACCAGAAACUACAUCUGAACCUAAAUCAGAACCAGAAACUACAUCUGAACCUAGAUCAGAACCAGAAACUACAUCUGAACCUAAGUCAGAACCAGAAACUUCAUCUGAACCUAGGUCAGAACCAGAAACUACAUCUGAACCUAAGUCAGAACCAGAAACUUCAUCUGAACCUAGGUCAGAACCAGAAACUACAUCUGAACCGGAACCAGAAACUACAUCUGAACCGGAACCAGAAACUACAUCUGAACCUAAAUCAGAACCAGAAACUACAUCUGAACCAGAACCAGAAACUACAUCUGAACCAGAACCAGAACCAACAUCUGAACCUCAACCAGAAUCUGAACCUGAAGUCAGUUUUCCUGAACCUGUUCCACAAUGGGACAUAGCUAUGAAGGAAUACAAGUGGGGAUGGGACUUUCUUGUUUACUUAUUUGGUGUAAUAUUCUUACUUCUUGGAUUAUAUAGUGUUUAUAAUAUUGUACGAUUGUGGCGUAUUGAACAUUUACUUAGUAGGAAUUAUUUUGUAACAUUGAAUGUUUUAGUUACAAGUCAGUGUUUGUUGAGAGGAUUGUACCUUGUGAUAGAUGCACACAACAGAAAUGGAACAUUUCCUGUGAUUGUGAACUAUUUCCUCUACAGUACUGCAUAUCCAUGCUUGACGUCUGCUUUCAGUAUUUUGUUCUAUGCCCUGUUGCUGGCAACAAGGGUUCAAGUGGUUUCUACAAAAAUACAGAAACUUUCAUUACUUAUUGGAAUCAUAGCAUUUCAUUUUGCGCUAUCCGUUAUUACAUCUGUCAUAGUUGGAUUAUUCUUCAGUGCUCAAGUUUUGCUGUUAGUAUGUCAAUUUUUCUACGUCAUUUGGGGCACUAUUUUAUUCAUAGGAUAUUUUCAUAUAUUCAACAAAUUAAGAUUAGCAGCUAUGUUUCGAAAUAAAAAUUCUGCAAGUAUAUACAAAGCAAGUUUUACAAGUAAAGAUGGCAAAACUAACAACAAAUCAGUGAAGAGGAAAAGUAAAAAUAGAUAUACAUUAAAUACAUCCGUUAAAAUAACAUUUGCUGCUGCAAUUUUUGGAUUACUUUGUGUAAUGUUAGAAGUAUAUGGAAUAUUUGGCGUUUAUAGACUUUAUAUUGAAGGCCACAUUCCAGAGCCAUGGCCAUUCUUUUCUUAUCAGUUUUUGUUACGGUUGGUAGAGUUUUGUAUGUGUUGCCUCAUGGUAUAUGUUGCAUCACAACCAAUCAUGGUCCGUAGAAGAAGCUCAAAUAGAACAUUUUCUACUGUUUAUGGAAUGUUCAAACGUUUAUUUUGUGUUCCUCAGGAAGAUAGACUAAUUGACUCAGAACCUAGUUCUGCAGCAAAUUCUAAUGCUUUAGUGCUUAGCGAUGAUUUGGACAAGAAACAUACUGUAGUUAACUUUGAUAUCAAAAAUGAAGAAAAACAUUGUCCAAUGAAGAAAGAACAAUCUCAUCUUGUAAUAAGGGAAGGCGUUGUCCGAUUUAAGGCUGAAGAUGAUAGUGUUACUGGUUCUGAAAUUGGAACCAGUUUACCAGAUCUAAUACCUGGUACUAUGAUUAACGCAAAACGUAAUUCUGUUUCUAGUGAUACGGGUAUUUCUAACAAAGGAUAUAAAGAGAAUGCCAUAGAAAGUGUACAAAAACUUCAUCGAUCUGAUACAGAACCGUCAGAAAAUUUAAAACGCAGCAUGGACUUUGAAAAAAUGAGUGUUGGUACUUUUGGUACUGACAUAACAAGACCAUUAUCCUCUAUAAAUUUGACUCAUAGUUUAGAGUGGGAAUUUGAACAGGCAUAUGAAAGAAGCUUUAUACAUAAUUCAGGAUCUACAAGAAGCUUGCCAAGUGAUCUCUCAGCUUGUAGUGCAGGAAAUUGUAACAGUUUACUUUUAAAAGAUGUUUCACCUCUUCAAAACAGAAGUAAUUCAAUGUUUUCAUAUGAAGAAUCAGAGGCAGCCAUUUAUAGUGAUUCUUCUUCUGAGAAACCUUUAAUCAAAAAGUCAAAUGAAUCUUCAACGGACAGAAAUAUUGAUGAAGAUACUAAAUUAUGAUUUAUAUUUUAUAGUAGAUAAUCGAUUUAAAUGUGUUCAUAUUUGUUAAAUAACUUGUACAAGGCCUUGUAUGAUUUUUUUGUCAUCUUUCAGUGUUCAUCUCCUGUCUGUCUUCUCAUAUUUUCCUCUUGCAUAAUAAAAAGACAAUCAUACAACUAAAUAUGGCAAAAAUGUCCUUCUAAACUAUUGAUGAUAAACCAGUUAAUAUGGUGCUAGCACUUGUUUUGUAUAUACAAUGUAUUGAAACAGAUUUUUAAGAAAUAAAAUCUUAAUUUCUAUUAUACUAUUAGCACAGCUAAUUUUUAAUGAAACAAGGAGAAAAUUAAAGAUUUUAGUUCAAAGGAGAGAUCUGUAUGUACUCUAGUGGAAAAUUAACAAAAAUAUUUGGUAGGCAGGCCUUAAACUGAUAGACUUAAAACCAACAUUUAACUUCUUCAGUGAAAAAAAGUAAGAAGAAAAUAAAUGUGUUAAACAAAUUUAAUGAAACUUUUGGAAAUAUAGUUGUAUAUUUGGUUAAAUUUCUCAACACCUGCGUUUGAAAGAUUUAGUUUAAGUUUUUAUUUUUUGUAUGCCAACAGUUGAUUGUACUUUUCACAAAAAUAUGUAAUAAUUGUAAAUUGUCCUAUUUAACAAAAAUAAAACUACGGAUAAUUAUUUUUUCUCUAUCAUAUUGGUGCUACAUUUGUAAUUUACCUAAAGUACAAAUAAAAAGAAAUUGAAGAUUUAUCUCCCUUUAGUACAAAUAAAAAGAAAUUGAUGAUUUAUCUCCCUUUAGUACAAAUGAAAAGAAAUUUAUAAUUUAUCUCCCUUUUCAUGAUCAAAUACCAAUUCUCAUGAUUCUACAUCUGGACAUAGCAGCAGAAAUAUAUUAAGAUUUAAUUAGGUAUUGCAAAUGAGAUAGUUUCCAAAUAUUGUAUUUCAAUUGCAUGUAUUUUAUAUUGUUUUAUUCAAUUAUCAAACUUAUCAACAGAAUAAGAGUAUCUUAGAAUGUCAUUUAAUUGAAAUAUAUGUACUAGUCAACAUAGAGAAUUUGUGUUUAUUGCCAUUAUGAUAUCAGUCAAAUUUAUAAAAAUUAUCCCUUAAUUUGAUAUGACCAGCAAACCUGGAUGCUGCAAAUAUUAGUAUUUAUAAAAAUUGUGCAUAUUUUUUUUAGAUACUUAAUCAUUUUGAAUUAGUGGGAGAAAGUUAUUAACAAUUUUUUUGCAAAAUGAGUACAAAAUGUAUUUUGUAAAAUUUAACCAACUUUAAUUUUGACAAAUGGUAAUAAUUUACUGCUCAUAUCAACAAGACAACAACCUUUAAUACAAAUAAUAGAAGGCAUCUACAAGUAGAGGUUAACAUGCAGCCUUCAACAAUGGUGUCAAUCACACAAUGUAAUAUGUCAAGCUUUGUUUUUGACUUUUUCAGUGUAUUUAUCUGUGUUCAAAUUUACUGUGGAUUCAUAUCAUUUAUGAGGUACUUAUUUUUGUUUGAAUUUUUUGGGGUAUGGACACAAUUUUAACUUUAUUUAAGUUCCCAAUAGAUACAGAUUUUCUAUAUGUUAGUUUUCGAAACAUGUUAAACGCAUGAAAUAUGUUAUCAACAAAAAUUAUUUUUUUCUCAAUCAACAAAAAUGGAUGAAUCCACAGUAGAUAUACAGUAGGCCAGUAGAUCAAAUAAAUUUAUAUUCAAGGUUGAAGUUCUACCAUUUUUACUCCAGGGGCUGAAAUUGAAGUGAAAUUUAGAUAAAAAUGUACUUGAGAUUCACAAAUGUUUACUUUCUUAUUGAGUAUAGUUUUUAUACAAAGUUUUGUAUACAUCUCUUUGUAAUCCAUAAAUUUGUUUAUUUUCUUAUUUUGUUAUUAUUAUAUUUAAGUUAUAUUACAAGUAUAUUUUAUUCGUAACUUCAUGAGCUUUAUAUUUAUCAUUUUACCACCCUAUUCCAUAUUUCUCUGCUCUCGACAGUAAAAGUUAGUAAUUUAAAAAAAAAAUCAAAUUUGAAAAUCUAACUAUCUAGAGAGGUGAAAUAUGGUAUCACAUUUGUUCAGUGGUAGGACCUCUAAUUAGGUGUCAGUUAAUGUUUUUAUUUUUAAUUGCAAAAAAAUCGUUUUAAAACAGUGAUACUCAGCUAAACAAAAAAGAGAAUAUUUCAGAGUAUAAUAAACUCAUCAUCAGGAACAAAUAUUUAUACAGUUUCGUCUUUUUCUAAGAUUGUAGCCUUUUUUUGUUAGAAAAAUAAAUUUCAAUAAAUUGAGAAAAAAAAACAUAUUUAACUUGUAUGUCAUGAUAGUCUGUAUUUUAUAUGUACAACAAUCUUUUAUUUUUAGACCUCAUUGUCACUGAUUGUACAGUUUUUCAGAGACUGACCUUCUAACAUGUCUAAGGACUAUUCUAUUAAAAACAUCAAUUACUGUAAAUUCAGAAAUGUUGGGAUGUAAAUUAAAACUUGCUUUUUAAAUUUUGAUAGCAGUAGUUGUGUGCAUCAUUUUCUGACAACACAAAAGUUUUACCUCACAUUUUUGUACAUUGUUCAACAAUGCAAAAAUAAAUUUGUGCAAAAAUUUCCGAAUUUACGAUUAGAAUUUAACCACAAAGAUUUUGAUAAAUCCAUGUUUUUUUAACAUUCACUGAUACAAGGCUAAUUUGGCCUUUUGUUUUUUUUUUUCCUUUUUACUAUUUAUUUGGUGCUGAUAUUUAAGUUUAUAUUUUUAUUAUUGUUUACAUGAAAUAAAACAGUAUGAAGUAUGA